UUAUUGGGGUCAAAGCCCAAAGCUUCUCCAUCUCUAACCCAGUAGCCACUAGCCAGACUGCCAGAGGCAAACACGACGGCGACGGCCAUGGCCUCGCCGAAGCUCGCCGCCGGCGACGGCAGCUACGACUUCCACCUCCGCUCGCUCUCCGCCGCAUCACGGGACUCCGCCGCGGCCGCCGAUCCCGCCUCCGACCCCAACCUCCUCCAGUCCGUGAGGAGGGUGUGCGAGAUGUGCAAGGAGGCCAAGGGGGACAACGACGAGAUGGUGGCGCGGGCGUUCCCGGUCAUCAGCAAGCUGUUCCAGCGCUGUGCCACCGCGCCUACGCUGUCCACGGCCUCCAGAGGCGUGCUGCUGCUUACAAUUCUGCAGUUCUUCCUGGACUUUGGGGAGGCGGUCUUGCACGAUACCGAUGGUAGCUUGAGAACCUUCUUCCGCUCUUGCUUGAGUAGGGAGUUUGCAGAUCCAAUUGUUGCAGAACGUACGCUUGAAUUCCUGAUAGCAAACAAGACAAAGAUCCUGAGCUGUUUUCCCACCUUGGUUCCACAGUACUUCCCAUUGCUGCUGAAGUUAAUUGCAUCAAAUGGUGAGAGGUUGGAUAAGAAGUUUUCAGAAUUGCUUCCAUUAAUGAUGUCAGCAGGAUCCUUUCUUCCUCUCUUCCUGUCCCUUAUGGAUCUGCCAAUGUUAGUGGUAGCAUUGGAAAAGGUGGAAAGAAGUUCUGGAACUCUCAUCGGUAGUAGUAUAGCUACUAUACAGAAGAGUGCUGCUCCUGAGAUGCUCCUCGCACUAAUGGACGAGGCAUAUACUGGGUCUGCAAUAGAAGAUCAAAGUGGCAAUUCAGGUUCUGAUGAUAGUGGUCCUCUAGACCUUGCUGACCCGUUGUUCCUUGACCUUCUAAAAGAUGAGAAUGAUGGCAUUGCUGCAAAACAUUGGACAUCUCCUACAAUAUCUUCAACCUUACAAGCGGCACUUAACAGCCCGCAAUCGGACAGAUUAAAACAGUCAUUGAAAAUGGCCCCUCGCUUUCUUACUGUGUAUUUCGCCACAGCUUUGCGGGACGUCAACAAUUCACUCUUGUGUGCUCUGAUUCCAGUAGUUAUGUCAAGAUAUGCUGCAAUGUUCCCUGACAAGGAUUUCUCUUUCGAGGUCAGGAAAAGGCUUUCGGAUUUCUUAUUGGCUGCAUUCCAGCGCUCCCCUGACAUUAUUGCACUACUAAAGAAGCCUAUUACUGAUAGACUUGGGGAGGCCCAUGCUAACCCUGCAAAGACAGAAUUAGCUUUGCAUUUGUGUUGGGCCAUUGGUGAGCAUGGAGCAGGAGGCAUAAACCACAAAGAUGUAGCUCGUGAACUAUUUGAAAAUUUGGAGUUGCUAUUAUAUGAAAAUCUGGCAACUAGUCGUUUGGGAUUAAGUCAGGAACCAGGAUUUGAUUCUAUGGGUGCAACUUCUAGGAAGUCAUCCCAAGCUAGGCUUCUCUGCUUUGUGGUGACUGCCAUUGCGAAGCUAGCAACAUGUCAUAAUGAGUUGCUUCCAAGGGCACGCGUAUCUUUGGCCAAGGUUGCUCGGUCCAGGACCUCAGACAGGAGAGUCUGGCAACGUGCCUGUGACUACUUAGGGCUCAUGAAUGAACCUGCCAUUUGUUUAUCUGUACUGGGACCAUCCACUGCCCAAGGAAAUGGUCCUGGCAUUGUGAACUGGAGGGAAGGAGGGACGAAGAUGGUAGCUCACAUUCCAUUUUACCUUUUAGCCGCACAAAAAGGUCCACCUUGUCAUGACUUCUCAUACGCCGACCUACUCCCCGCAGAAUGAAAAUCCCUCCAUGAGUAGCAAUGAUUCUCUCGCAGACACCAUGUGCACAGAGAUCAUUGGUGAUCAUAGCGUGCUGAAGAUCCAGUGCAGAUGAUGCUUUUUCUUAUCCGGUUCUUUCCUUUUCCAAUCUCGCCGGUCCUGUACUGUUUCAGAAGCACUCGAUUGUGUAUACGUGGAACGGUUUGUCACAACCGUACAUCUUCUGAAUGUGAAGCAGUGUUAUACAUUCAGAUCUUCUAAUACUGAUGCUGUAGUGAUGACAUCUUCUGAU